GGCGGGAAGUGAUGGACCGCAGUCUCUGAAAAGAACCUCGAGUAUUGUCCACGUACAUGCAAAAAUUCAGUCUUUGAAACAUAGCGUGCGAGGCGAUGGGCUAGCGAGAGCAGAAUAGGCAGGUAAAUGACCUUGGCUUUCUGCGUGUGAGUGCAUAUUGUUGACGUACAUAAGCAUAUAAGCAUAGUGACGUAACUGUGCCGCUUCGCUUUUCCGCUAAUAUUUCAUUUUGAGACUGUGAUUAGGGGUUCUUAAGUGUUGAGGCGCGACGUUGCUGAUAUAACCCCUUGGUCCCGCGCGCUCACCUUCCAUAAGACAAUUACUUUGAGUCUUGCUCAUUGAGAGUCUCUUCACGAUGGUCCUACUUUCAGCAACAGUUAUUUCGUUGUUCGCGCUUGGCGUGUCCGCCCUUUCUCUCCGCCAGCAAUCUGGUGGGGUAGAGAAGAGGUGGGUAGGAUGGGAGAACAUCAGGAAUGCCUUUAUCUUUGGUGACAGUUACACACAGACGGGCUUUGAUUACACCUCGACGCAGCCCUCAACUGCGAACCCCUUUGGUAACCCAGCAUAUCCUGGGUGGACAUCGUCAAAUGGGCCGAACUGGGUCGGGUAUUUGACAUUCAAGUACAACGCCUCGUCUCUACUGACAUAUAAUCUUGCGUAUGGGGGCGCAACAGUGGAUUCGGACUUGGUGGCUCCGUAUGACGUCUCUGUCAAGUCACUGAAAGAUCAGGUCGAGUCGGAGUUCAUUCCGGGCUACACUGGUAGUUCGGCCAAGGCGACUUGGACGGGUGACAAUUCGAUCUUUGCUGUUUGGAUCGGAAUUAACGACAUUGGCAACAGUUACUACAAGGGAACUGAUGAAACCGAUAUUCUCAACACCCAAAUCUUUGAUGUAAUCUCGGAUCUAAUCGACCAGAUCUAUGAGGCGGGUGGCCGGAACUAUGUCCUCAUCAAUGUACCACCCCUUGAUAGGACCCCGUUGAUCGUGCCCCAAGGAGACUGGGCAGUAUCAACUUCCCAGGCGGAUGUCGCGUCCUGGAAUCAAUUAGUUCUUGAUUUCGCCGACACGCUGAAGAGUAAGGGCGACACGAAUGUCUGGGUCUAUGAUUCGAACAAGAGCUUCGGAGAGGCCAUGGAUGAUCCGUUAUCGUAUGCCGAGACUUCUGGGCUGAAGAACACCACGGACUACUGCGUCGCCUACCAAAAUGGUACUCCUGCACAAGAUACUCUUGAUGACAGCUGUGGCGUCCCAGUUAACGAGUACUUCUGGCUCAACAACUUGCACCCAACUUCUGCGAUCCAUGAAGUGGUUGCUAAGGGGGUGGCUGAUCUUUUGACUGCCGGUCCCAACGCCUGAAUGAACUAAGCCGAUGAGCUGGAUAAGAGGUAGGUUGGUUAGGCAACCUAGGUAGUAUUGAUAUUGAAAACUACUCGUCGGAACAUAGACGAGGGGUAAAAGCACAGCUUGUAUUUUUGAAUCAGGAAUAUCGGUAUGUAUGCAGGUAGCGACAGUCGACAAAUCAAGUGACAUUUCUGUCAAAAUCAAAGUUAGUAAUUUCAAAGUCUAGACUGUCAUGUUGA